CUUAUCUCCAGCGCCGAGGAGCAACUCUAAAUGAAAUCAACUUGUUCUCAAAUUCCUCCGUUACUACACCACGAAACGCAACAUCUAGGUUCCUUUUAAAUAUCUGUUGGUGUCCGCUGAGAGUCAGAAAGAUUAAAAAAAAGGUUACAUACAUUCUUAGUAUAUACCCUUUUUUGCCCAUCUAGGGUUGUGGCCACGGCCGCUUCGGUUACGCCGCCCUGUUUCGUAUAAACUCCGUCAACCUACGCAGUUCUUUUACCCUCCAGUAUCAGACUGCAUCCCUGUCGAGUCGGUGUUAUACAUUUCAUGAGGCUUUAAUGUAUGGCCAUACGUUAUCAUAACUGCCCCUUUUGUUAACGGCGCGACUGCGCCCAUUAUCUGGCCAUGUCUUCUUCCUCCGUUCAGACGCAGCGGCUGUUGUCCAUAGUAGGAGCAACGUUUGUUGCCCUAGCAUGCGGAACAAAUUACGUAUAUUCAGCAUGGGCUCCUCAGUUUGCUGAACGGUUGAAGUUGUCAUCUACCGAGAGCAAUUUAAUUGGGACUGCCGGGAAUCUUGGAAUGUAUGCCACUGGGAUUCCAGUAGGUCUUCUCGUUGAUUCGAAGGGCCCAAGGCCUGGCAUUUUGAUAGGGAUAGUGGCUCUUGGGUUGGGCUAUUUUCCACUUCAUCGAGCCUAUGUAUCUGGUCAGGGUUCUAUGGGAGUCCCGACAUUGAGUUUCUUCAUGCUCCUCUCCGGCGUGGGAAGCGGUUCUGGGUUUUCGGGAGCGAUCAAAACGGCUGCAUCCAACUUCCCAGACCAUCGCGGCACGGCAACAGCUUUCCCAUUAGCUGCUUUUGGGUUGAGCGCCUUCUUCUUUUCAACGCUCUCGGCGUUUGCCUUCCCAGAUAAUACAGGUCAAUUUCUGUUGUUAUUGGCUGUUGGCACCCCGACUAUCCUGUUCGUGUGUUUCUUCUUUGUUCGACUUAUACCGCGAUCUCCUUCAUACACUUCUCUCCCCUCGGAGUCAAGCCAGUUCCACGGAGCCCAGUCGCGGGAAAGCCAUCACAGAGAGUCCUCAGAAAUAGGUACGCCAUAUGAAACCUCCAACCCCAAUGCCCCUCAAGAGACAACCAUAGGACCUACGUACCAUUCGGAAUCCUCUUCCCCCAAGUUAGAUCCCAAUGAAACGUCAUCAUUGGUAGUUCGAUCUCUUUCCCCAAGAAGCUCCAACGACUCGCUCUACGAUGAAAACACUUCCGUCGAUCCUAGCCGUAACUCACUAUAUGUAGAUGUCCGUGGUUGGUCUAUGAUUUCCACUGUGGAGUUUUGGCAGCUGUUUGUACUUCUAGGGCUGUUCACCGGGAUUGGGUUGAUGACAAUAAAUAAUAUCGGUAACAACGCAAAAGCCCUGUGGAAAUACUAUGACGACACUACGGAUUCCGAAUUCGUUCAGAAACGACAGACGAUGCACGUGUCUGUUUUGUCCAUGCUUAGUUGCGUGGGGCGGCUGUUGAGCGGCAUUGGUUCGGAUAUCCUUGUGAAAAGGCUCCAUAUGUCCCGUUUUUGGUGCCUAUUUACAUCGGCCGUUAUCUUCUGCACAGCGCAGGUUGCCGGGUUCAUGAUUUCAGAUCCCCAUCUGCUUGUCGCCGUUUCGGGACUCACUGGACUGGCUUAUGGCUUCUUGUUCGGUGUCUUCCCCUCCCUUGUUGCCCACACCUUCGGUGUUGGCGGCAUAUCUCAAAACUGGGGAGUAAUGUGCUUUUCACCAGUUAUCUGGGGGAACAUAUUCAAUCUGCUAUACGGUCGCAUAUAUGACACGCAUUCUGUGGUGUUGCCGGAUGGAGAACUCGAUUGCAAGGAGGGAUUGAAAUGUUAUAGCACCUCGUACAUUAUUACAUUUUACGCCGGGCUUGCGGGAUCCGCAAUAACUCUGUGGACUAUUUGGCAUGAGAAAAAGGUUCUCAGUCGUUUGAGUGGGAAGGGAUUCCAUGAACGAAUUGCCUAACUUUUGCGCGCGCACCCCGGACCCUACACACGCGACUCGAUCUCCAACUACCGGAGAUACGAACUCCAUUCUUUCGUCAUUAUUUUUGAAAGGCCAUCGCGAACUUUAUUGCAAGUCACUCUUUUGCAGUAAGCCUUCCGAUAUGGGCUCUCGUAAUCAGCGAUUACAUUACCACCACCGGCAUGUCGACAUGUCGGCUUGAACGCGAGCAUCCUCAUUCUUUUAUCGUUGUUUCUACCCCGCAGGUCGGUUCUCCACCUUCAUCCAUGUCUCGGGAUGGACAUUAUCUUCAUUCCUUUUGGCGUUUUUCGUUUUGACAUUUUUGGGUCAAUGCUUGCUAAGGCCAGAUAAACUGGCGGGGUAUCUUAUUGGCGUUCCUUCUCCGGUAGACUGAUACUUUUUAGAUCUGGAGGUUCAAUCGAUUGAAUAGAUCAAUAGCAUGUUUUGGAUCUAUAGGCAGUAUGCAUUAUUUAAUUACAUUUAGAAUUCAGAUUGAAAUUUGAUUCUCUUGACUUCGCACGUUGUUUGAAAUGUACAGUACAUGUACAAUGUACAGUCUAUUGUCCUAUUUUCUCCACACUUUUGGAAGCCUAGUAUUGACAGUUAACUGUUUGGAGUUUACGUGCCCAUGAAUUUUUCACGAAAUUUUUCUCAGGAGGUAGGUGCAAUCUUGUUAAAUCUGCAAUUGAAUCGUCCAGCGAUCGUUUUGAAACCAGGAAAAUUGACAUCCACAAUGCAACCAGGGUAGAACUAUAUAAAACGCCGCAUUUCGCAGUAUGCUAUGCCAGAAGGAAAACUGGUUUCGACUUGUUCCUCUACAUUGUCAUGAAGUUCAUAUUUCACCAUAUUCGCACCUAUCCUUCUUAAUAUCCUCGUCAGGUUCGUUACUCAGUCCCGCAUCCUCCGAUCUCAAUUGCCAGCCAUAGAAUGCCAUCACCACAACGAGUCCAGGUUGGACUACGCAGGGUAGAUAUGUUCCCAAGGCCGCUAGGAAACUGUUGUCGCAGAGCAUCAAGAGCAAACCCAUCCCCCCUCCGCUAACUGCCAGCAUU